AGAAACUUUCAUUCCUCAUAUAGAUCAACCAGCUGCAGGGACACUGCGAAGCAAAAUGUAAGUUUUACUUUCUCAUGUAGAAAAGAAAACAAAGCAGCAUUCAGAGAGCUGGUUGCUUGUUGUUGUGUGUUUUUAGCAUAACAUAAUGCAGAAAAUAGAAAAGGUGCAAGUUCUGGAGCCAAUUCAAGAGGAGUCAGAGCAGGAAGAUGAAACUGUGGGAAGAAAAGAAGAGGAAGAAAAGGAGGUGGAAAAAGAAGAUGAGUUACCAUUUCAAGUGGGUGUAGAGACAGAGGAGACACUGGCAGAAAAUGAAAGGGAAGAAGAUGACGUUCCACUGAUGGUUCGGAGACCAGGGAGGCGUUCUGGUUCUCGGAAAUUGGAGAGUUUGAUUCAGAUUCAAUUCAACGAACAGACGAAAGAAACUGAAACCUCUUCAGUGUCUGAUCCAAGCACUCAUUCUACUGAUCUAUGCGAAGAAGCUGCACCUCUGCCAGUGCUUGGGUAUGAGAGGAGAUUAAGUAGUAGGAGGCUGAGAUUAAAGGUCUCCAAAACUAUGAGGCAAAAAUGUACAAAAUCACAUCAGCCAAAGAAGAGAAAGAGUUUAAGAUACAAGGAGGUGCAGCAGGAGCCUUUUCCUCAGUGGCUUGUGAACCUGAUGGUCGACAUUGAUGAGGCAACAACUCAUCAACUGGUGGUUGAGUAACAUUUGACUUGUGAGAAAUAUGACUGCUUAAUGCAGAGUACAAUUUUCAGCUAAGUUUCCCUGUUAGGAUUGCCUGCGUUAGACUGUAAAUUUAGUUUGUGACAUGUAAGCUCUUAAGUUUGAUUUUUGUUUGGCAACAUCGGACACAUUGUAAUGCCUUAGUUUACUUAGCACAAAUUUGUUUCUAUUUGUGUAGCCAAUUAAUUAUUAAAAUGUUGUAAGUAUCAACCGAUACUGAUUUAAUUGCUACAUUUACUGUGCCUUGUUUAUGUUGUAUUCUUUUUGGGACAAAUGCGCAAUGGUCAGAAAACAUGGAGUACCUUGUGAUGACUUAUAAAAACAUAUUCCAUAUUAGAAUACAUUUUCAUAAACCCACAAUUGGACCAAGUCUAAAAGGGAAUAGUGGGUAAAUUGCAGGUUUGUAAAGGUUAAACACUUAGAUUAGGUAAAAGCUUUUUUGUUAAUUAUACCCAUUUCUGUUUAAGAACAAUAUCGA